AUGACUUUUAUUAAAACGAAAACUCUCGUCCUUAAUACUUAUCCUUUUUCUUCUCAUCGCGCAAGCACUAUCGCUGCGAGUUCGAUUACUUCGUUUAUCGAUCUUGACUUAAGGAUCGAAGCUCUUACGAAACAGCUAACGAAGCGAUGCAUUACGACGGCGAAUUCAUAUGCUUACGUGUUUAAUACGGAAGCUAUUAUUGCACCGAUAGAGACUCGAACGCGCAACGCGGCCUUUCGAGUUACGCUAUACCCGCUAAAGGACGCUCUUUCGCUUAAGGUUACCUUCGCUGAACCAAUGGAAAUGGAUAAGCUCGAGCCCGCUUACACCGCGAUUCUCAACCGAAACGCUUUACGACCGGAGGACUUACGGAAUUUUCUCGUUAUACUGCUAAAAGCUUUUAAGGCUGUACUUAAGCUUAAGGCCAAGCCUUCUAAGACUGCUAAAUCAUACGAAGGGUUUGGCAAGGUGAUCUUUUCCUUAAGAAUGGACUACGAAGCGACUCGUAUUAAGCUCUUAAAAGGGCGCGAUUUGCUUGGGAACCUAACCUUUAAUGAGACUAUUGCGUUCUUCGCUGCUUUUUCUACUUCUAAACGAUCUUCUUCCGAAACUACGGUUAGCGUUACGGAAGCCUCGGAAGAUUGCUUAAUUAUAAGUAGCAAGCUUAUAUCGAAAGCGACGGAUGAUCCGGUGAAAAACGGACUUACUUCGAAGUCUUAG